AUGUAUUGGCUCGUCGUUUUGCUCCUGGUUUGGCUCGUCGCAGCGCAGCUGAGCGGUGUCGAAUUUGACCACGUCUUUGACACCGCUUUUGCCGCUGUCGCCGAUCUCUCCAUAAUCGCCACGAGUACCGUCAACACCUACGCUCCUACCGCAACUCUCACUGCCUUCGCUCCUACUCCGGUCGCUCACAUCACCGACAUCUUGAAUGUCAUCGAUUUUUCCGCCAGUGCUCCCCAUUUCCUGGCGCUGGCACUUGGCGCAACUGUGUAUACUGCUCGCUGGACUCCAGCACCUCUUAUCGGCACAUCAACCGACGCUAUUCACUAUGUCUUGCCAGCGGUAAGAAAGUCACUACCAAGCCUCAUGUCAACGAUCCGAGCUGCUGAGGCGAGCUUCGACAUCGUCGGAAGUCAUGGCGACUUCAGCAAAAACUCAGCUUCUUGGCACAACGAUAUGGACUUCGAUGUCAUCGACUGGACAAAUUCAUCGAAGGUGGAUGCCAGGACUGGGACGAUCAGCCUGACCAUUGCGUUGGUGUUGGUCAUGAUGUUCUUGGCAGUCAUCUAUACGGUAUUUGCUGGGCUGGGAUACGCAAAAGUUCUGGCACGCUUGAAAACGGUUUCUCCUGAAGGUUACUGGAAGGUCUUGAUGUACUGUGCAAGCAAUGAAACACGACUACAGCUCAGCACGCUACAGGCCGAGAUCAGCAGCCUGAGGGACGCUAAGAGCGAUCUCGAAAAAGGGUUCAAAAAGCUCACGGCACAAAUGGCUGAGAAGGAGGCAGAACUUCAGCACUUGACCGGCAAACGCAAUGCAUUGCAGGACGAAAAAGAUAGACUGACUUUCCAGAUGGCCAAGUCUUCCGGAGACACCGCGAAACUUCAACAGCGAUGCCAUGAACUUGAAGCAAGCAUUACAGCCAAGGACUCAGAUAUCCAGGCUAUCAAGGCGGCAGAAGAGACCGCCAAGAAGAGCUUGCACGAAUGUCAUACCCGUCUCGAGAAGCUGAAGCAAGAUCUGAACACAGUGAAAGAAGAGAACAAGCAAAAGGGCAAGCACAACGCUCAACUUGAGUAUAAGCUGAAGGUGUCUGAAAAGGAACGUUCCUCUCUGAUCGGUCAAGUGAGCACUCUUCAGGCGGAGAAAGCGCUGGCAGAAGAGUCACUCGUUUCUGCGAAAACGGAUCGCGCUGAGGCGGUGGCAGCAGCAAGAAAGCUUGAAGAGGCUAAUUCCAAGCUGCAAGCAAAGAAGUUGAAGGCCGAAGCUAGCAUCCAAGAGAAGGAAGCUGAAAUCACCGCAAAGGAGAACGAAUGCGUCAGUCUGGCAUCCAAGCUCAGCGUCAAGCGCAACGAACUCAGUGAAGCUCACGGUGAGGCUGAUCGACUUCGGUUACAACUUGAUAAGCUGCAAGCGGAGCUUUCAACCACCAGGAAACUUAACGAGACUCUCAAAAAGGCCAACCAGUCUCUACGAGCAGGUAGCGACAACUUGCAGCAGCAACUGCAGAACGCUGAAGCGAAGCACAAGUUGCAGAUGGACGAGUACAAGAUCAAGAAGAGUGCGUCGCAGUCUGGACAGGAGCUGCGAAAGCUGCGAGAAGAAAUCGAGAGACUGGUUGACAGCGAGUCCAUGUGGCAGAAGGAGAAAACUGCUCAGGCGGCAGAGAUCUCGCGGCUCGAGCUGCUCGUGCGAGAGCUCACUGAUGCCGUGCGAGAGCUCACCGAUGCCAAGGCUGCUGUUGCGUCGGUGAGUACGGCUCGCGAGGAAGACGUCAAACGCCUUGAGUCAGAAGUCAAGAAGCUUACUGAUGGCAAGACUGCUGCGGAGACGGCGAGCACUGCUCAGAAAGCGGAAAUCAAACGCCUCGAGUCGGAAAUCAAGAAGCUCACCGAUGGCAAGGCUACUGCUGAGAACGCGAGCACUGCUCAUAAGGAAGAGAUUGGACGACUCGAGUCAGAAGUCAAAAAGCUCACCGACGACAAGACUGCUGCUGAGACAGCGAGCACCGCUCACGAGGAAGAGGUCACACGCCUUCGAUCAGAAGUGGAGAUGCUCACUCGGGAGAAGGAUGCAUGGGAGCCUUUGAAAAAGACUGCUCUGGCCGAUAGUUCACGACUCCAGAACCAGGUCUGGGGUCUGGAGGCCGAGAAUAAGAGCAUGCUCAAGGCCGGGCAAGAGCAGGCAAAGGCAGAGAAGAAGGCAUCGAAUGCAUUCAUGCAGCAGAUUCAGAAACUGGAGGCUCAAGUGAGUAGGCUCCAGAAGCAACUGCCAAGUGAACCUAGCAGCAGCGACACCGCAAUCAGCAAGCCCGGCAACGACUCUCAGCCAUCAUCUCAAAUUGUGGAGAGCGAAGUCGCUGAGGAUGAGCGCAUUGCUGAGUCCUCUCCAGAAGGACCGUCCCAAGUCGUUUCGGCAGCAGAUGAAUUGAUGACACCGACAACCAUCACCGACACGAUUGCGUCUGGAACAGGCCCCACGACUGAUAUACCUGCCGACUCGGUCGCGUCUCGUACUGGCUCCACGACUGAUACACCUGCCGACUCAGUCGCGUCUCGUACUGGCUCCACGACUGAUACACCUGCCGACUUGGUCCCGUCUAGGCCAAUCCCCACGGCUGAUAUUCCUGCGAAGAUUGGCCCGGGAAACCACGAGGAAGUGGCCUUGAGUUCUUCUAGUGACAAGGCUACUGCUGGCAGUGGACUGGCUCAGACCCUUGUGAACGAGCGGCCUGUGCAGAGCUUCAAGCUGAGGAAAAUCAAGCAGAAGACAGACCCGAGCUCUGGCGUUCCCAUCUGUAGAUACUACUGGAGAAAUGAAUGCCGGUAUGGGAAAAACUGCAAAAACUCGCAUGACGUGCCGAGUUCAGAGCUGUAUGAUUAUCAUCUUCAAUCGUCCAAGAACUCUCAGAACGCCAAUAACGCACAACCAUCACCAUCGCCAGCGCCGCGGACCGAGGUAGUGACGCCAUCUACUCAGCUGGUCAACAACAGCUCUAAGGCUUCUCAAGGUCCUCAGCUGCUCUCAGGUACGGAUGGCGCAUUGACCGGGGGAAGUUGCGGAACCAAGGCUGAACCAUCUUCGAGCAGUCCACGCGUUUCGGCUGCUGCAAGCAAAUGGGCUACAGAUGGCAAGGACGCCACAGCGUCUGUAUCUGGAGCACAGGACUCUACUUCCAAGCACUCUACCACGAUUGCAACAGACGCGAUGCAGAACUCCAAGGCCGGAAACUUCCCUCGUGUGACUGAUGCUCCGAAGACCAUGGAACCGAGAGCAUCGCUAACCAGUGGGAAGCCUGCACAGUCAAAGGCCACUGAUUCACUUCCCACAGCCCCUGUUUCGACGGCGAGCCAAGUUGCGGCACCGAUGCCACCCAUGGCUACUUCAGGCGAAUCCAGCAACUUGGACACUCGCGUGAAAAUCGCUGCAACCGCCCCAGCAACGAAGCCACCGCUCGCUAGCUCCAAAUUUGCAUCCUCGGGCACCAGUGCUCAACAUCCGCCCCUUCUGCCAUGGCGGCCAGCAAAUACUCCGCAACCAACGGUGCCUCUGCCACUCCUCCUGCCGCGCAGGUCAGCAGCAAGUCUGCCUCCACAGGCACCACCAGCUCAGCGUCCGCUGCCUCUGCCAUGA